UAUUAGGGAAUGGCAGAUGGACGCCGACAGGCCGAGGCGAAACACGAAACUGCGGAGAGGGCAAAGAGAAGACAGGAAGACAGAGAGAGAGAGAGAGAGAGAGAGAGAGAGAGAGAGAGAGAGAGAGAGAGAGAGAGAGAGAGAGAGAGAGAGAGAGAGAGAGAGAGAGAAUGAGAGAGAGAGAGAGAAUGAGAGAGAGAGAGAGAGAGAGAGAGAGAGAGAGAGAGAGAGAGAGAGAGAGAGAGAGAGAGAGAGAGAGAGAAACAGAGAUCAAGAAAGAGGGAGAGGAUGAGAUGUGGUCGACCAGUAGGGUAAGGGACGAUUUGCCAUCGAGUAAGCCUGGACCACGAACCCCUCCAGUGAUGCAUAAGCUUGUGGGAGCCUUUGCUCUAGCAGGAAUCGGGUAUCAACAAACUUGGGAGAUAUGU